AUGGAGAACGAACUCCAAAAACUACGACAGCAACUUCGCGAAGAGCAACGCCGACGCGAAGUAGCUGAGGCCCGUGCUUUGGAAGAGCAGCAACAGCGCGAGGGGGCAGAGAAACUUCUCGAACGCUAUCUCGAGGCUUGCCACGAGCUUAACCGCGCCAUCCAAGUGGUGACUGAUUGCACCCUAACCACUCAAGGUGUAACCACGAACCCUACCGGCCGGAUUUAUCCUCGCCGAAUCAUUCCAUGGGAUGACUUUGCAACGGAACAAGAGGACAUUUGGGACAAACUAUCCACGGGCCAACUGCUCACUUCCCAGUCUGCCUUUCCGUCUCAUCAUCAAUUGGAGUACGUUCGCUCUGUGCUCAAGCUCAUCAACAGCGAGGACGGGCUUCGGAACUUUGAGCGUGAUGUCGUCGAGAAUUCCGUUCAUAAGUUGGUUUACGAGGCAUCCAAGGAUCCGCUACUACGAACCAAUCUCGGUCUCGAGGGCAUCGUGACAUUAGAGAGCCAUACGAAUCUCGGGAGGACCAGUGACCUCACCUCUGUAGCCAUGGAGGACAUAUCCAUAAGUGGGCGCCGUGCUGCGGCCACGGUAUCGGCCUCGGGAUCGACGCUUCCCAAGCCUCGUCGAACAGCGAAGGGGAAAGGCGACCCGCCCCAUAAGCUGAGCGUCGACGAGAUUGUCACAGGCUUAGAAUGCGAGAUCCAGCCAGACCGAGACGUAAUCAGCAAAUACAGCGAGGGCUUCUUGUUUGCAUCGAGGUCGCUCGUCGCCGCUGUCAUCACCCAGCUCUUCUCCUAUAUGGUUGGAAAGGGCAUUCAGUACGGAUACGUGUGCACAUGGGAGGCCUUCGUCUUCCUUCACAUCCCAGACGAUCCCACCACUGUCUAUUUUUCCAUAUGUGUGCCGAACCAAGACGUUCAGGAUGACGACGAGAACAGGCUCCACCGCACAGCUGUUGCGCAGGUCUUCGCCUUCAUCCUGCGGGCCCUCCGCGCAGAACCCCCUCCUUUGACAAGGAUUGAUGCGACCGCAGGUCUCGAUACCUGGGCUGUGGAAUACGAAGAUGUGCUGAAGAAUAUUCCUGAGACGGUGCGCAAAGGCAAGAAGCGUCCUGCUUCUCCUUACCAACCCCAGCGUUGGCGAGGUUUCAAGCGCUCUCCGAUCCGGACCCGUUCUCGUUGCCAGCCACCAGACAAGAGUGCUGGUAGUCAAGGAAACAGCGAUGACGGUGGGGGAGAAGCUCCGCCCUCUCCCACUCCAAAUCGGCCGGCACAGUCUAAAGACAAGGGGAACACCCGUACCGCGGUUAGCUCAGCCGGGAAACGAGGACAACCCGGGUUAGAAAACCAGCAGAAGGACCAAUCGACGCGGCAGAGAAUACAGGAUCGGCCGUUCUGCACGCAACGAUGUUUGUUGGGCUUGGCGAACGGCGGGCAGACGGACAAGAGCUGCCCGAAUUUCGAGGAUCACGGACACCGACAUAUCGAGUCAUCCAAGUUCCUUAGUCUCCUUCGCACUCAGCUUGCCCAGGACCGUGGGCGGGAGGCGGAUUGCAGACCCCUCUACCUCCCAGGGUCGGUUGGGGCGCUCUUCAAGGUGCGACUUUCUUCCCAUGGCUAUACGCUCGUUGCCAGAGGCGUGGAGACUUUUGACCUUGGCCGGUUGCGGCACGAGCAUGAUAUGUAUAGUCGGGCCCGGGCCAUCCAGGGGCAGCAUGUCCCGGUAUGCCUCGGCAUGAUCGAUCUGAUUCUGCCACACUACUACGAUGGCGGUGUGUAUGAGCACUUUAUGUUUCUUGGCUGGGCUGGCCGAGUUGUAUAUAAUUGCACCGACCAGUUCAACAAGUCGAAUAUCGUCGGUGCGGUCACCACAGCCUUCACUGAACUACACAGGCUGGGCGUCCUUCAUGAUGCGAAGCCUCGCAACAUUCUGUACAAUGCAGACAGUGGUCAGGUCAUGAUCAUGGAUUGGGAGCGAGCAGAGUUUUGCGGUCGCCAACCUCUCGGCCUCAUCAGCCCGAAUGGCCGAGUCAGAAAGAGGAAGCCCAAGGCGACGAAGAAGCAGGGAAAGGAGACUUUCGAGACAGAGUUGCAAUCUGCAGUGGAAUCCGUGUCAAAGCUCUCAGACUGA